AGUUGAGCAUAGUGAUGAAGACGAUCGAACCGAGAUUGAGGAGAGAAACGUGAGGCUCACCGAUAAAGCCUCCAGUUUGUGUUUCCCUGCGACAUCUGUCCGUGUCUGACAGUCCCCGCUGGAAGACAGGAGGGCGAUAUUAGUGUUUCUCCACUGAGUAGCUGGGCCACGAGGCUACAUGGUGUGUGUGUCCUACUCAGAGUGUGGAUGUGCGGGUGUCCAGAGAUGGAAAGCUAUGAGGAGUUCUGUCUGCGGAGUCUGGCCUUAUUGCAGGAGGAGGGGAAAUUCAAGAAGACUACAUGCGAGCCAUCAUGUUCCCUGAAGGCUCGCUCUGUCAUCCACUUCUAUGGCAGAGCUGCGCUUUCGCCUCUGCUGAAUGCAGAGCAGCGGAGCGAGAUGUGUGGCUACAGACAGAGGGCGGUCCAACUGGAAGUGGACAGACAGAACCAGCAGAGGAGCAAGCUUUUGGCCAGGAUUCAGGGCAUUCUGGAUCAGGCUCAGGUGCUUAAAGUACCAGAUGAAGAGGUUGACAAGUUGCCAGUUUCUAAAUCUGCAACAGUCAACGGCUACACUCUGGUCACUGACUCGCCUGGGCUCCCCAAAGAUGCUGGAUUUGGGGUUCAGACAAAUAGUCAUUGUGCCGCUCCAUGCUCUGAGAUUCCCGUGCUUAAUGGUUAUAAGGCAGCGGAGGAAGUGAAGGUGGAUGCCCAAGAGAAGAGUGAGGAGGAGGAGGAAGAGGAGGAGGAAGAGGACAUUAGUUUGGACAGCCUUCUUAAGAGAUCAAGGGAGUAUGUGAAGAAAGAGCAGAGUCAGCAGGGAUCAAAAGCUGUCCGCGCAAUGACCCAGUCUCCCCCACCUGAGACUGACUCUGUCAGUGAAGAGAAGAGCUGCAGCCCUGUGACGGACACAGGCAUUCAGUUUGGAUUCAGUCUGCACCACAGCCCUGUCGGCCCGCCUCAAAUCCAGCAUCAAGUACUGCGUGACUCUAGUCCUCAAAAGUCCAUCUGCCUCUCACCUAGUCUACCAGAACCAUUUUCUUGUCUCCCCAAUCCAGAGACCAGCAUAAGUCCUCGUCCACAGAGACGCAAACCACGCCCAGUUUCCACAGGCAACAUCCAUUUUUCAUUUCCUAUCGGCCCAGCAGACCUUAUCGCUCGAAGCCCAGGACGGUCAGAGGAAGCCAUUGGUGUGGCAGACUGGGGAGAUGCUUCAACGUCCCCAUCUCACUGGAGCUCAGUGGGAAUAGAGGGCAUCAGCCAGAGUGGCAUUCGUCGAUCCAGCCACUGUGGAACCAGUCCAGUGAAGGAGAACUGUAACCCUGUCAGUGCCUCGGUGCCCAGCUCAAUGGGCGAUCACCUGGCUGCAGGUUUUCGCCGGCGCUGCCACACUAUGGACAGCCAGCUGCAUACCUACCAUUCUGGAGCGGGGCGCAUAGACCGCAGCCAGGAACGCCUCCCUCGCUUCAUGGCAGGAGUUACACUGUUUGCUCCCAGUCGGCGCACAUCUGCAGCCCCUUUAAACCAGUCGUAUGAUGUAGAGAAUCCUUCACUGCCUCUGCUGAGGCCCUGUGUGACUCCUGCAGACGAGUCUCCAGGGCCAAACAAUGGCAGGAAAACACCGACUGUCAUCAGACAUGCAGCUGAAGCACAGGCCCGCAAGACAGAUGAUACCCAGUGGCGAGCGCAGGCUCUGGAGGACAUGCAAAGACGUCUUGAGAAGGAGCAUGCUUUGCAGAUGUCUCUGCUCCUCGCCGAGCAGGAGAAAGAGCAACAGCGCCUCCACCUGGAGCUUGAGGAGACAGAGAGAAGGCUGAAGGAGCAGGGGUCUGUGCGCCCUCUAAGUGUGGAUGCUUGUGGCUGGAAUCGUAGGUCUGCGAGUGACUGCCGUCCUAUCAUGAGCCCCUCGUGCCCGGGACUAAGUCCUGUCCACACACCAUCAGAACGAUCACCUGGACACAGUAUAGGUUUGCCCAGUCCUGUCCCUUCUAGUGCAUCCUCUCCAUGUCUUCAGCCUCCUCUUUAUCUGUGGGGUUCCACGUGGGGGGCGAACAAACCUCGGCCGAGGCAAAGUCUGGUUCUGACAGCAGAUCAGCAGAAAGCAUUUUGCAGAAUUGGUGCUAUCACUCGCGGCUUCCUCACACGCAGACUGCUUAAAACAGAGAAAGUCAAACACCUCUGCCAAACCAUCAUGGAUACGCAGGAGUUCAUCCGUUCAUUUCAAACUGAAGCUCUACAGAAGAGAAGCACCUACACAGCACAAGAUCUCGCCCUGCAGGAGAGAGUUAGAGCCCAGUUACGUGCAGCCCUGUAUGACAUCCAUGACAUCUUCUUUGAAAUGCCUUUGGAGGAUCGCUUAGCAUUACUGCAGCAGGACAGAGAGCUCCGUGUGGAGAGGAAGCUACGAGACAUGGAGAAAGCCAAGUGCCCCAAAGAGAGAGUGGCUCUUUCUGCUGCCACACAGAGGUCUCUGGACAGGAAAAAGAAGGUUGGUGAAUCUCCAGCACAGACUAGGAAGAUGCAGCAGAAGCCAAAAAGCCCCACUACCAACAGAGUCUUGAAGCCAAGCCAAGGACAAAAUGCCUCUGUCCCAGGACAGCUUAACCGUCAGGGGAGCUGGUACAGAAAGACCCCAGAGGAGAGGGUGAAGCGCACGGAGAACCUGAAGAAGCAACACUCGCUGGGCUAAAGCAUGACACAACAUGCCCUGACCUGUGAACUUGAAUAUUUAGUCUUUUAAUACAAACCUUGUACCACUGAACUUUAGUCAGCGCUGCUAACCACAUGAUUGUCCUUCAGUUAGCUUUGGAAAUUCACAUGAAUGUAUUCACAGACAAAAACACGAUCACAGCGCUGUUGGUUUCUGUUGGUCACUGUUGGUCACUGUUGCUACUCGCCGAAAUAAUUAGUUUCAACAGCUGAUUGUUAUGAUGAAGGAAAGAAUAAGUAGCUGUAGUUAAAUGUAGGCCACAAGAAGCUAAAUUCAAAACACGUAAAAACAUUUCUGUGCCUAAGUACUCUGCCUUUGUUGUCUGUCAUGUUUUAGCAUGUAUAUAUUUAAUAUCAAGUGCUUAUAGCUGUAAGUUGCACACAGACAGUCACAUAAUGUAGUUGUCCUGAAAAUACAAUAUUUUAAUGUUUAUGAUUUGUUCCUUCAAGGGCUUUGAUUACCAAUUCGUGCACUGUUUCGUUCUUUAUGCUAAGUGUACUAUAAAAUGUAUAGUACUCUGAGUCUGACUGAGUCGUAUCAGGGUGUUUUAGUAUUUGGUUUAAAUGCCUAAUGAAAAGGAAAAAAGAUAAAUAUCUCGGUUUACACUCUGGCAUGCUGUUACGUUAAUGUAGCUUCACAUGACCACAGAUGCACAGCAGGCAUUCAGUGUGGACUUUGUUUCAGAAAUGACUGAAGACCGAGAAACAAUAUAAGACAUUUUAAUAAAAUAGUAUUUCUGAAA